CCCUCGCGGAGUGAUUUUGUAAGGACUACACCCAAGCGCUUGUCCGAUUGCAGCGGCUUCUCUUCGUUGCCUAGACCAGAAGAAAGCCGGGACGUGACGGAGCCGGGGGGGUUUUGCUUGCUGGAGGCCCGUUAAACCACCGAUAAAUACAGCUUCCUCGCAGUUUCUUCGUCGCUCAAGAGACGCCUGUGACCUAACUUUGACCCAACGUACUUUUUUUUCAUCUUAGAACUAAUUUCACAAACAUGUCCUGGCAAAGCUACGUGGACAACCUGAUGGCUGACGGCAGCUGCCAGGACGCGGCCAUUGUUGGGUACACGGACGCCAAAUACGUCUGGGCAUCUUUUGUCGGCGGUACCUUUGCCAACAUAUCGCCUGAAGAAAUCGACGUGUUAAUAGGAAAGGACCGCGAGGGAUUCUUCACCAGUGGGCUGACCUUAGGUAGUAAAAAGUGCUCCGUAAUCAGAGACAGCCUCCAAAUUGACGGCGACUGGACAAUGGACAUCCGGACAAAGAGUCAAGGAGGAGAGCCAACAUACAACGUUUCUGUAGGCAGAGCCGGCAAAGCAUUGGUUUUUGUCAUGGGGAAGGAAGGUGUCCAUGGAGGGCAGCUCAACAAGAAAGCAUUUCAGAUGGCUGAGUACCUGAGGAAGUCCGGAUACUAAAGCAGCCUGUUCCCAGCCACCUAGCAGCUCACCCUUACCACCCUGUUGCAUUUCAUCACUACUUCCAGUCCUAGUUGGUAGUUACUUUGUUUUUUUCUUUUUCUGCCUUCUCUCCUCCCCAUUUCUUAUCCCCUUUUUUUUUUUCUUUUUUUUUUGUCAUCUUCCCUAACCCGCCCCCUUCCCCUCUCCCCUCAACACACUUGCGCUGUGUAUUCUUACCCCCUUUUAAGCACUAUAAGUUGAUCCAUAGCAAAGAUGAGCAUGUUGCUAACAGGAUGUCAUGACAAAUCUGUACUUAACCAAGACCAGCAAAAUUCUGGCCAAACACUCGGACAAUGAAAGCUAUAGCGUCAAUUUGAAGUAGGUAUUUCUUUCUUUUCUCUCUGUCACGGUGCCCAUUACUGACUCCCUCCCAAAAACCCGAUCAUAUAUAUAUACACACUCCCUCCCCGAGCAGCCGAUGCCUUUGGAGCACUUGAGUGGUAACCAAGCUCGUCAUGUCUUCCUUUUUUCUUUUUUUUUUCCUCCCAUCAUGUCCGGGAGAGGAGACUGCGUGCAUAUCUCGGUCCACUGUAGUUUCCCCCUCACCCACCACUGCCCUACUCACUCACUCACUCACUCACCACAACAACCACCACACAUCGUCCUGCCAAAAUUCUCAGUUCCUCCCCUUUCCCGGUUUCCCGAUCCUGUUUGCUCACAACAGGCAACGCUACAAACCUCACAGGAGGUCUUCAUCAAACACUACACAACCCUUUCUAACCCCUCUUUCCCUUCAGAUUCACUGCUCUGUCCUGAACACUAAUUUUUUUUAAUUAUUUUUUUUUAAGGAGGGUGGGGUGGGGGGGAUGCUUGGAUCAGCUCAGUUAACGAUCAUGAACCAGAUUUGCGAGCGUUGGUGUCGUCCAGAUGCUGGUAGCCUCUCCUCCCGCCACACUGUCAUCACGACCUCCCCGGCAACAUGAAAAACCCAUGGACAUUCCACAGUAACAAUGGCUCAGGCACUUAAUACUGUUUUUGUUUGCCAGCUCCUGUAAUAUAUUUUCUUUUUUUUUUUUAAUUUUGUUUUUUGAAAGGCUGCCAUUUUUGGACAGUAGAUAUCCCAGCAUAUAACCAUCUGGAGUGUGUCCAGUUUGAAUUUUUUUUUCUUUUUAUAGGACCAAGUGUAGUCAAAGCUCGGGUGUUUAUACAAUUGCUCUAAAUCAUGUGAAGGAUGACUGCUAACUUUUUUCUGAUGAAGGAAACACUAACCAGACAGUAAUGCUUACAAUGGUUAAAAAAAAAAAAAAUGAAGCUACAGGGGAGGUAAGGGUGGGAGUAUCUGAAGAAAAUUUAAAGUCUCAUUUCAUUGUUUUUUUUUUUUUUUUUUUCUUUAUUGUUUAGAAAACAACAAACGACUGCAUUUGUACAAACCCAUGCUGUGUUGACAACUACAAAACUGUGGAAUAAAUUGCCUUUUACUCUAUUAGUCAACUGAGCUGGGGUAUCACACGGUCUGUCCACGCUCAGUACCGCUAACUGUAACGUCCAACUGAAAAAAAAAAAAACACUUUCAAAAGUAGAAAUGACACUCAAUGGGAGAUGGGAUUGGUUGGAACAACGACGCUUAUGGUUGUCUUUGUCGAAACUUAACUGCAGAACCUGUGUAUCCUGUGCCAUAACGUAGAGAGAUCUGUUGCUGUUGUAAGAUGGAUUUUACCCACUGUCCACUAAGGAGUCAUUUCAUUGGCACUUUUUUUUUUUUUUUUUUUGCUUCAGCUCCACUGUUUAGGCCUUGUGAGAUGUGUACUCAUAAAAGAAAACCUGUUUCAAGUCCUGUUUGCUGAUUUUUGUUCAUUUCCUUUCCUCACCACUUUUUUUUUUUCUUACAUCUGGGAUACGGUCUCUUUAAUGCAUCUGAUUUCAUAUGCAUAAAACCAAGAAAUGCCAUAAAUUGAUUUAUCACCUUGUUUACAGACAGAUCAAAUAAAUUUAUUCCAACCAGA